CUCCACGGUGCGGGGCUGGCUGUGGGACGUGGGGCAAUGCAAAUAUGAUGGUAGUGCGUUUCUAUACUUAUCCUGUUUCUAACAUUCAAUUCAUCACCUUGUUUCUAUUUAUGGCCUUUCACGCUCUUUGUCAUUGUCUUUGGAUUAGUUUCGCGGCACUUUUUCGCACAAGCGUUUAGAAAUCAUCAUGGAAAAUGGCGCGCGGAGUCGGAAACAUUGAAAACGACGCCGAGCUCGACGGAACCGCAUGAAGGGCGGCGGGGGGUUGGAACAUCUGCGCGCGUCGUUGGGGCCACAGAAAGAGGAGGACUAGGCCGCGGGGCAUACGCACGCGGGGCAGGAGGGAAAAAACGGAGGCGAAACGAGAACACGGGGCGCAGUACGAAAGUGGAUCGAGAACCAACAUGCUGGAGCAGGGGACAAGCGCGGAAAAGUAAGAAAUCGGGAAAAAAAAAAAGCCGGAUACCCGCGCAAUUCCUCACAUGUGAAUAACAUGGUGGGCGGGAGGGGUUCUUCACAUUUUUGGAAACGCCCACCGCCCCGACUAGAAUAGUUGAAUGAUGAAAAAUUGGGGGCAGGGCAAAAAAAAAUCCCCAUCCUGACUCUGGUGUGGGGACGUUUUUACUCAGGAUAAACGCAAGAACAAACGCAGCAGCUGCAUCUUCUUCGCGGCGGAGCAGCUUCGUGAACCAGUUUGCCGCUGGUGAAGUAGCUGCCCCUUCGUCGAGGGGCUCGCGCCUGGUGGUGGAAGGCGUGAAAAGCCAAAAAUCAUCCGACGGAGGACUGGCGUCUGGAACUACACUGUUGGGAGCGGGAGGUGGUACUACAACCAAUGCGACGCUUCCUUCGGUGCUUACCUUGCAGCGGGCGGGCACGGCCGACUUUUUCGUGCCGUCUUUCGAGGAAGAAGCGCAUUUCGAUCAGAACUACGACGAGAACAACUACGAGAAGGCCGGCGAGGAGAAAAAUAGUAUCUCACCACCUGCCAACGCCGACGAAGACGAGCUGCCCGUGGACGAAAAUGCAAAUGCAAACACUCCGGAAAAUAAUAAGCAGCCGGAGCAGGAAAAGACAGAACGAAAAUCCGGUCGAAAAAAGUGCGGGGACAAACGCACAAAAACAGCGGCGACGAAAAAGAAAUCCAAUGCGAAUGAAGAUGUUUAAAGACCUACUUAUUAGCUGGAGAUACAGAACAGAGUCUAAACAUUUUGACUUUCCGAAAUAAAGUAUCUACCCGUAAGAACGCAAGAUCAGUACUACGCCAAGACGAAAUCGGCCGCACAAAAGAGGCUGUAUUUUUGUUAGAUUCGUUUUCGUUUUCGUCGCGUUAUAUUGGUUCAUCACGCCUUGUUCUGCUCCAGUCUUGUUCUCGUG